AUGACUUUGCCAGCUGUUAAGAAGGUUCUCGUUGUUGGCGCAAGCGGCAACGUGGGCCGAUCGACCAUCAAGGCGCUUCUAGAUGAGGACUUCAUCGUCACAGCGUUGACACGAGAGACCUCUGAGGGUGUCAUCCCAGAAUCGGUGGAGCAUCUCAAGUCGGAUUACUCCGAUGAAUCUCUGCUUCAAAUCUUCAAGGGCCAGGACGCCAUUAUCUGUGCCAUUUCGAGUAUCAUUCCCGGGGGGGCUUUGACAACACAGAAGGCGAUUGCGAAGGCGGCAAUUGACGCAGGAGUCAAAGUGUUCGUGCCAUCCGAGUAUGGAGUUGAUACCGCAAACCCAAAUGCCUCCGCCAUUAUCCCUUUUCUGAAAGACAAGAUUGACGUUGUCAAGUUUCUCAAGACCCAAGAGGACAAGAUGUCAUGGGUCGCAGUUGUCUCAGGCUCCAUGUUCGACUGGGGCUUGAGAAUCCCCGGGUUUGGGGGCAUUAACGUGGCUGCACGUACCGCAACAGUCUUCGAUGGCGGGGAUAUUCCAUACGAGGCCACAAACUUGGAUCAGGUCGGCCGGGCUAUCGCGAAGUCUCUGAAGAACUUGGCCAUUACCCAGAACCAGCACGUUUACAUUAACAGCUUCACGGUGACGCAGAACGAGGUGGUUGAAGCUCUUGGGAGAGCUACAGCUGUCAAAUUUGCGCUAAGUCAGGGAACCGUCGACGGGUUAUGGGAGGACAGCUUUGCACAGGUGAAGGCUGGGAUGCUCGGAGGUACUCUGGGCCUAAUUGCUGCCGCUAUUUACGGAAAGGGCGGGCUGGCGCAUUUCUCGGAGACGAAUGGGUUGUGGAAUGAAAAGCUGGGCUUGCCACAGGAGGACUUGGCCCAGUGUGUUGAAGCAGUCGUUGCAGGUCAGAAGUAG